CACCCACAGCAGUGCAGCCACACCUGCACGCUAAACCCAGAUGCAUUUUGAAAGAAAGCUACAGAUUUAGUUUGUCCUUUAUGUUUCUGAUGUUUUUAUUUUCCUGUCUGUUUGUGGAGUGUUAGAGCUAAUGCUAGCUCUACAAAUGAUUCCCAUGGUUUGCUCUCAAUAACCGCUUGCUUUCUAAAGUUUUGGGUAAGGGCUCUGUCUCCUGUAGAGUGUGUAUCCAGACACCGAGGCAGUGUGGAGAGAGAGCCCUGAGGUAGUAGUGUUCAUCUGAACUUGGUGACCUCUCACCUGGUUGACAGCCUUGUGAUGCCGGCCUGCCUGUCACAUGAAUCUUUCAGAGGUUAAGGGGACCCCUGACAUUUCACUGGGUCUGGGGUUGCUCACAACUGUCUGCCGCUCCAGAGCCAAGUUUUACUGUAUGACUUGGUGGUUUGUAAUGAUAAGGGCAUAUUGCAGACAGUUGAUGUUCUGAUGCUGGUGUACUCUUUUGGAGACCUCAUACAUUUUAGUCAUUUGGCAGACACUCUUAUCCACUGUUUUAUUUUACCUUCAUUUAACUAGGCAAGUCAGUUAAGAACAAAUUAUUAUUUUCAAUGACGGCCUAGGAACAGGCCUUGUUCAGGGGCAGAACAACAGAUUUUUACCUUGUCAGCUCGGGGAUUUGAUCUUGCAACCUUUCGGUUACUAGUCCAACGCUCUAACCACUAGGCUACCUGUGACUUAGUUAGUGCAUUCAUCUUAAGAUAGCUAGGUGGCACCACAUCUGAGUCAUAGUAAGUACAUUUUCCCCAAUAAGGUAGCCAAGUCAGUGCUAGACACACAUUUUGUUUUAUAUAUAUAUAUAUAAAGUUAUAUAUAUAUAUAAAUAUAUAUAUAUUGUUGUGGUGAGGAGUAUGGGCAGGGACUCUGCUGUCAUAGCUUCAAAGGGAAGCUGGUUCCACCAUUGGGGUGCCAGGACAGAGAAGAGCUUUGACUUGCCCUCCUAUAGGGGUGGGAGGGCCAAAAAAAAAGGUGUAGGGUUUGAGUAUAGCCUGAAGUUAGGGAGGGGCACUUCCUCUUGCUGCUCCGUAGGCAAGUACAGAAAGGCAGUGAUCUGAGCUGUUAGUUUUUUUUUUACCCAUGGCCUGAACAACUGGGUUAAAUACACAGCACCUAACUCUGAUCACUACCUCCUGGAAUUCCUCACCACUGAUCACUUAAAGAUGGGAGUUGAGGAAUAAUUGUCUCAAUGUGUGUGUAUGCAUGUUUGGGUGGUGGGUCAUUAUUUUAUUCAAAUGUAGUGCAGGAAUGCUUUGCUACGAGAAAAUGUUUGCAUUAACUCAACAUCAGUCCCUAUGGCAAGUCUGUAACUGAUGUCUUGCACAUAAGCGAUUUUGAAUUAGCUGAUUUGCUUAAACUCCUCAGUCACUUUACGAAACAUAUGUCUGUAGAAGUGCUCGCAACGGAAGUGGUCCAUCACACAGGAUUUGACACAUUAAAUACAAACUAUUUAACCGUAUUUAACACUACCCCACGUUUGUGUUGCUUCAGUAGUGUGUAAAUGCUCAUUCAUCGUUACGCCUUGACUAUUUGAUGGGAAGUUUGAGAGAAGGGCAUUUCCUAUCGUAAGAAUGCUAGGGAUGUUGAGUUUUAGGUCAUACAGGCAUCCCACUAGCAUGCCAGUGUCCGGCUUGGUAUAGGGCUGUAGGAAAACACUUGAUUCCCAUAUACUCCGUUAUAACUAAGUUGAGUGGGCUUCUUUUGAUAUAGUCUUCUACUUCAAAAGGAAUAAGGUGAGAGCAACUGUUUUUUCCCCUUACAUGUACUUAGUGCUCUGAUUCUUGACCUUUUGUUUUAAACACCAUAUCAUGGGGGUUAUUCAUUAGACUUAGUAGUACAUUUACCACCAUUUUAUAUUUUUUCAAUUCAGAAACAUGGGUAUUCUACUGUAUUUUUCCAAUAGAGGAAAAUAGGUGAUUUACUGGGGGAAAUGUACUCUUUGUGUUAACAUCUUGAGUAUAAAGCAUGUAUACAUCAAUCUAAUCAGGAAUUCUUAACUGUUUUUACAUUCUACAUAUGGCUGUUGCAUUUUGUGAACAACCCCCAUUUUGUUUUAAGGAAGUGGGAUUUCAUUUUGUGAAGUUGCCAUUUUCAUCAUCUACUGUGUUUCCUCCCAAUGUGCUACCUUCCUUCCCAUCCAUGCAGACUUUCUUUUUGGUGGUGGCAUCACCGAGGGACCCCUGAUGUUAGUAAGGAAAACAAAACCACAAACUUUUUCACAUCGAAGUGAAUCUCACCACAGCCUCUCACUGUGUGUGGACAACUGUCCCCUGCAACCUAUCACCUCUGCUUCAAAGACUGUAUACAAUCUGAAUAUUUUGAUGCUCACUUGUUGUAUUUUUUUCUUGUUUGUAUUUUUAAUUUUAUUUUUGGUUUGUAAAUCUAUUUAAAACCAAAAUAAAGAUAUUUCUUAGAGGUUUGAGCUGUUUCUUAUAGCAGGAGUGAAUGGAUAUAUUCUAAUAGAUUUUAUAACUGUUUAUGGUGUAAUAUAUUUUCAUUGAAUAAUGAUCAUUGAAUACGAUUCUUAGCUCGCAAUUAUUCAUUAAAUACAUUUGUUUUGUGUUCUCUUUUAUAGAUACUGUGGGGACGUAUUACCUGAGACAAUGGGAAUCUAUGACUCUGGGAUAACUCUGAGACACUUGGGAAUGUAUCACUCAGGGAGAACUCUGAGACAGAGAAACACCCCCGUAUCUCACUUGCUGAAGCCCAGUGGGACCAUGUGGGUUCUGGACAAGAUCCGUGGGUCGGUAGAAACCACUGUACUCCGGAGGGGGGAGAAUGGGGACAAGGAGGGCAAUACUCCAGCCUACAGCAAUGUUCUCACCCCUGAUAAGAUCCCUGACUUCUUUAUUCCCCCCAAGCUGGUCUCCUGCCCCCCAGAGCCUGAGACCCUGGACGUCGUCAAGCCCAAGGAAGGCCUUUGGCUCUCGGCCUCUGAGCAGACCAUUGGCAGUAAGAAAAUCAGCAGUCCUCAAAGUCCUCGUCUGGUCGUCAAGCUGGCUGGGGACACCAAGAACCUGCUGAGGGCAGCAAACCGUCACAUCAUCCAGAUAGAGAGCGCUGAUGAUGUGGUGGCAGGGGACACCAAUGCUGACCCUCAGUCUCAGACUGCUAUGUCACUGCCCUACGUCCCCAAGACCCAGACCUCCUAUGGUUUUGCUACUCUGAUGGAGAGCCCCCACACCCGCCGCAAGGAGUCGCUGUUCCACUGUGACCAGACCAGCCCUCUGACCUCCCCCAACUGCCAGCGGAAGGGGAAGAGCAGCGUCAGCGAGGGCAACCACCUCAACCCCGCCUCUCACAACCCGUACCGCUACUUUAGUGGAGGGGAGAGUGACACCUGUUCCUCGGCUGAGUCCUCUCCCUUCAGCUCCCCGCUGCUCUCCCGCUCUGCCUCGCUGCUCAAGAUCUUCACACAUGAGACGCAGGCCAAGGUGGUGAAGGCCAAGAGCAAGUUUGCCCGCCACAGCUCCUUAUCCACAGACGAGUGCAGCUCGGCUGAGCCCAGUCCCAACGUGCCGCGGCGUCUCCACUCCCCUUCCCUCCACGGCAGUGGGCCGUCGGACCGUGAGCACACCAUUAACCUGCAGAAUGGCGGCAGGGUGAGGCUAAGCGCCGACUACGAUGCCGGCACAGCCCGCCUGCGCAUCCGUGUUCUGGCUGCCGAAGAGCUAUACGACAAGGUGUAUGACAUCAAGAGCAUCAACUGCUGCGUGUCGCUGUACCUGAACCCUGGCAAGCUGCAGAAACAGAGGAGCACUAUCAUCAAGAACAGCCGGAAUCCUGUGUUCAAUGAGGACUUCUUCUUUGACUCGGUGACCUCAGUGCAGGUGAAGAACCUGGCAGUGAAGAUCAAGGUGGUGAAUAAGGGCACCAGCCUGAAGAGAGACUUUCUGCUCGGGGAGAGAGAGAUCCCUCUGGAGAAGCUGAUCCAUGACCUCUAGAUUUGUUCUGGAGAUACAGAACAGAACUUUGACUGACACUGAAUGAGACUAUGACUGAUAAAGUGCAUGCAUGGAAGAGAUAUAAUUGGGAUUGAUGUUUCCUUGGUGCCCCACAGAGAACUGUCUGAAAGGUCUAGCAGCUCGUCUCUUAGAUGGUCACCUCCUCGACCUUCUCUUCCCUGAGCCUGCAGCCCUGCACAGCCCAACCUCCAGAUCAUGUGGUGGACAAUCAAAUAUGGCACAGGUCAAAAGACACCCGCACAUUUGAUUGACUCACUUUUUGUACUCUCUUGAUCUCAACGUUUUAUGUUGCAUAGUUGUAACUUAAUGUGACUCAUCCUCAGACGAUUCAGUGUUUAUUCAGUUCAGCACUACAACACCUUUAUGUAUCAGUGGGUCUACUAUAUCCUGAUUGUUGUUGCCAUCUACAGUACCACCUGGAGGGAGGGCCAAUCUGUGAUGUGACCACAAUGUCCCAAACCUGGAGGAUAGAGAUCAGACAUCCCCGUAUGCAUCCUCAUCCGCUUGGCAUGAAUAUGUAAAUGCAGUUAUGCAUUAGCAGUUUGUACUUCAGUUUCAUAACACUCACAAACCAUAGAGAGAGAGAGAAUGCAUGUCAUUUUAAAGAGUGUUUACCAAGUGGUUGAACUUGAUUUUAUACAUAAAUGUGGUAUUUGUGUGAGACAUCUGACUCAGUAUGGUGUAUGUGUGAAUUUGUUAUCAAGAUACAAUAUUAUGACUUGUUUGUUAAUUGUUUGUUUGUUAACUGCUCUCUGCUGGAGAGUGAAUGAUUGGCAGCCCCCCUGUGUAGACAAGCCACCAGGUGAGUAAACUGAGAAAGGCAAAAAAAAUUAACAAUAACACAACAAUAUUUGACAUGAAGGAUAGUCUUCUAUUCUCUGCAUGUGCUCUGCGGUCCUUUAAAAUGAAUUAGAAUAAAUGUGGUCUGAUUGCAAUUUCAAGUAGGAGACAGAGGUUGUUUCUGAGGAUGGUUGAAGGGUCAACACACCGAUCAGUCGUUGAGAUAUGUAGUCAUCUAACCAUGUCAGACAUGACUGAUUACAGUAUGUAGCCAGUGUUUUUGUGGGUUACAUUCCUGUUAUGUUCAAACCUCGACUAUACAAAAGAGCUCUCCACAAAACCAUUGCUUUUCUCCAAGCUUAUACUUUAUAUAACUCUUGUUGCUGUAUGUGUGAUCAUUUUGUUAUUGUGAAAAAUCAGUAUGAUACUAUAAAAUAAUCUAUUUGUGGGUG